CAGCCGGGGCCUCCCUUCCCAGCGCGGGGCGGCGCCUCCCGAGGCCCGCCCCCGCCCCCGCCCCCGCCCCCGCGCCGCGCCGCCUCGCGCCGGCAGAGCCGAGGGCGGGGCAGCUCCACCCGCGCGAGUCUCCGCGCUCCGGCCAUGGCGGUCCGCGCCAGCUUCGAGAACAACCACGAGAUCGGCUGCUUCGCCAAGCUCACCAACCGCUACUGCCUGGUGGCCGUCGGCGGCUCGGAGAACUUCUACAGUAUCUUUGAGGGGGAGCUUUCUGAGACCAUCCCUGUUGUUCAUGCUUCCAUAGCUGGAUGCCGGAUCAUUGGGAGAAUGUGUGUUGGGAACCGGCAUGGUCUGUUGGUCCCAAGCAGUACAACAGACCAGGAGCUUCAGCACAUCCGCAACAGCCUGCCAGACUCAGUCCGAAUCCAAAGGGUGGAGGAGCGGCUCUCAGCUUUGGGCAAUGUCACCACAUGCAAUGACUACGUUGCACUUGUCCAUCCAGACCUUGACAGGGAGACUGAAGAGAUCUUGGCAGAUGUGCUCAAAGUAGAAGUUUUCAGACAGACGGUUGCAGACCAGGUUCUGGUUGGAAGUUACUGUGCUUUUAGUAACCAGGGAGGACUUGUGCACCCAAAGACUUCAACUGAAGACCAGGAUGAGCUCUCCUCACUGCUGCAAGUCCCACUUGUGGCUGGAACAGUAAAUCGUGGCAGUGAGGUUAUUGCUGCAGGGAUGGUUGUGAACGAUUGGUCUGCCUUCUGUGGGCUGGACACAACCAGCACAGAGCUAUCGGUUAUCGAGAGCAUCUUCAAACUGAAUGAAGCUCAGCCGAGUACCCUUGCUACCAGCAUGAGAGAUUCCUUGAUUGACAGUUUGACAUGAGAAGUGCUGCUCUGACCUUCCGGCUCUGACUAAGGAGCAGAGUGCCAGGCUCCUAUUCCAUCUGCUUUCUGGAUUACAGACCCCAGACCCCUCUACUGUCAUUUCUGUGGGCCCUGCUGAGAGGAUGCCACAUAACCAACAUUUUUAAUGUUCUGUUUGCUACGUCCUACUACAAAAACCUGGCAAACAGCAUGAAUGAGUUAUAAAUAUGAAGUGUUCUGUAUCCCUGGCUGCCAAUUUCCAGUCCUUUCAGUGGUCUCAGCACUGCAGGAAUCUGUAACAUUCGAGCUUCUCUGUGCGUGAAACUGACUUGGGCUCUUACAGCAGCUAAAGAUGCUUUUGUUCACACUUCA